GUCACCAGCGGCGAGGCGUGGAAGUUCCUGGAGCUCUACCGCUGCCGCGAGGGCCUGACGCGCCAGGAGCUGCAAAUGAACAAGGAGGCAUUCGCAACGGCGCUGGGCUCCGAGGUUGACGUGCUUCUGGAAGACGACGACUCCAUCGAGUUAACGUACCAUCAGACCUGGAAGGCAUUACGGUGGCUCGGCUGGAGAAUCCCAAAGGAGGUGGGCCGCUUGCCGGUGCAGCAGCAGCUGAUCGCCUCGGUGGACCUGGACAACUCGGGCUGCCUCAACCUGAAGGAGUUCCACAAGCUCGUGCGGCUUGUGCGGGAGCGCGAGGACGAGGAGAUGCACAGGGCGCGCCAGGCCAUGGACCUGCCGAUGGCUAGCAUGUUCGAGGUCGUGCACACCUGCCUGGCGCAGAGGUACUGGCUGGCCGCCAGCACAGGGCCGGGCGGCUCUGCGGAGACCCGGGACCCCGCGGCGCUGCCGGGCAACAGGGAGGAGCAUUUGCGGCGCAGCGAGCGGUCCGAAUGGGGCCCGAGGUGGGCACGGCUCUGCCCCGCCAUCCUCCGGGACCGCAGGGGCAAGACGGCGGUCGUGACCGACUUUGCGGACCCUGCGAGGGAGAAGGAGUUGCCCUCGUCCUUGUUGAUCGCGUGGUACGAGGGCCUGCUCGUCCUGGACGGGAUCCGCAGGUCAGGUUUGCAGGUCUCCUGGUUCAACGAGGAACUGCGGUCCCAGCUGAAGGAAGCGGGCGUCGUCAGCCCAGCCCUCUACAUGAAGGAGCAGCUCCACGACCAGGCGGUCACCGGCCCGGAGUUCCUGACCUCGGACGGCAAGACUUCCGAGCAUCGGAGGAAAAUACUGCCCCGCGAGGUCCCUGCGGACGGCGAGACCAAGGACGGCUGGUUCAGGGUGAAGUCGCUGGCCGGGUAUCUGCCGCCGUGGGAGGCAUUCCUCCACCCGAGGUGCGGACUCUACCAGGACUUCUACAUGGUGCAGUGGGACUACCCUGACGACAGCACCGACUACAGGGAUAUGGAGUUUGGCGGAGACAUGGUCGGCACCACUUGGGAGCCAGACGAGUGCCUGCCUGACGAGCUGGACAACCUGAGGAUCAGCCAGAAAAGGAAUUGGCUGGGCCAACACGCAACAGGGAGGCGCAGAGCGAGCCGGCAGGCCAGACGGACUCGAAGCGACGCUCCGAGGGCGCGCCCGAGGCUGAGGCCCGGCCGAAGGCCCCCAAGACGGAGCCGCCCGCCUCGGCGGAGCGGAAGCAGCACCGGGAGGGCGCCCCCGAGGCCUCCGGGCCGAAGGCCAGCAGCGGAGAGGACGCGGCGGGCAGGGCCGCGCUCGCUCCCGGCGCGGCGAGCGUCGGGCCCGGCGCCCUCCCGGCGGCGCCGUCGCUGGCGGACCUCACGGGCAAGGCGGGGCACGUGCCAGACCAGAAGCUGGACGUCAGCGGAGGCGACGCGAUGA